AUGUCGUAUGCGCAGGUGGCGAGCGGUGUGGCGUCGCGUAACGUCCCGCGGCAGCCGCCGCACGACACGUCUCCUCGACCGGCCCCCGCCGCCCUCACCCCGCGCCGCCCCGGCGCCCCUCGGGCGCCCCGCGUGCGCCGGCGACGGUCGUCUCAUCCGUCCGACCACCGCGCGGACCGAUCCGUCGACCUGUUAGAGGGAGUGCGCUCGUCGCCGGGCGGCGCGCUCGCUUUGCGUAUUUUCGUUCGUGCCGAGAGUCGGUUCGCUGACGCGACGGUGAGAGCGCCGCGCGCGCCGGCCGAGCGGCGCCGAGCGCGCCCGAGAGCGGCCGAACGGCGCCGAGCGCGCCCGAGCGCGCCCGCGCCGGGCCGCACCGAGCCGCACACACCGCACCGCAGGAGACGCGACCGCGAUUAUGUUGUUAAACGUUAG